UGUUGUACGGUUUGUGAGUGCCUUUACUAUGAAAGGAGAAUGACCGAUCGAAUCCGGUCUAACGGUGAUUUUGGCUAACUUUAUGCUAUCAGACGAUUUUAGCGGAUUGCCUGUUUCUCCACGGAACUGAAUAGUGUUGCACCGGGUGUAACCAACAAGCUAAUGGUAAGCUAGUUAGAUGUAGCCAGCUAGUCGUAGGUUCUUGUCGGCGUACGCAGAUUAAGAAGACCUAUAUAUGCACGACUACUGUGCGACACAAACGAAACACGUUGUUGUGUUUUUGUGUCACCGGUGCGACACUGCUGGAGCCGACACGUUGUUUUCAUCAUUAAGGUCUUGCUUGUCCUGUUACCUGGUUAGCCCCUUCAGCUAAUCACAGUGGCAUAUGGGUGUCAAAGUUAGCUGUGACUUCACUGGGUAUCUGGUUGCCUGAUCUCACAUUCCGGACACGUCAAGGUUCCUCAAACCUGUAGCAAAUUUUGGGGCUGCCAUGUCGGAGCCAAAGACCCCCACUCCUACCCCAGCUGGUGACACUUACAAAGGAUGGGUAUUCAAAUGGACAAAUUACAUCAAAGGUUAUCAGCGGAGGUGGUUUGUCCUGAGCAAUGGAUUGUUGUCAUACUACAGGACCCAGGCAGAGAUGGGCCACACGUGUCGGGGCACAAUCAACCUGGCCACAGCAACUAUCACUGUGGACGAUGCCUGCAACUUUGUCAUCUCCAAUGGAGGAGCACAAACAUAUCACCUAAAGGCCAGCUGUGAGGUGGAACGGCAGCGCUGGAUCACCGCGCUUGAGCUGGCCAAAGCAAAAGCAGCACGCAUGCAGGCUGAGUCAGAUGACUCUGGUGAUGACUUUUCACCAUCAUCUGCACCUGCGGCCCCGGGACCAGGUGGGAGUUCACAGAACUCUGAGGUCCAGUCUGCUCUCAGAACACUAGGCAGCAAGGUGGAGGAUCUCAGCACAUGCAAUGAUCUGAUCUCAAAGCAUGGCUCUGCCCUCCAGAGGUCUUUAUCAGAACUGGACAAUUUGCGUCUGACUGGAGAGGCUGGGGAUAAGAUUCGUCAGGUCACAGAGAGGGCCACGCUGUUCCGCAUCACCUCUAAUGCUAUGAUUAAUGCUUGCCGAGAUUUUCUGGCUCUCGCUCAGGCUCACAGUAAGCGAUGGCAGAAGGCCCUGCAGGCUGAACGUGAGCAGAGAAUGAGGCUGGAGGAGACUUUGGAGCAACUGGCCAAACAGCACAAUCACCUUGAAAGAGCUUUCAGAGGGGCUGCACAGACUAAUGCUACAGCGGACAAUAAAAGUGCUGUCGGGCCGAGAAAAGGUGAGGCCAGCGAUGAGGAUGAUGACAAUGAAUUCUUUGAUGCCAUGGAGGAAGCGCCUGAGUUUAUCACUGUACCUGCAGACCUGCAAUUCCACAAAUCCAGCAGUAAUAUCAGCGGUUUCAACAGUGAAAUGUGUCCUGAUGAUCAGUCGCUUAAUGACGAGCCUCUUGCGAUGAACCAGGAGUCCCCCUCCCAGGAGAUGGUGCCCCUGAAGAAGAGGCGAAUGCGCAUCCCAGACAAACCCAAUUAUUCUCUCAACCUGUGGAGUAUCAUGAAGAACUGCAUCGGCAAAGAACUGUCUAAGAUCCCAAUGCCUGUAAACUUCAACGAGCCCAUCUCAAUGCUGCAGCGGUUGUCAGAGGACCUUGAGUACCAUGAGCUGCUGGACAAAGCUGCCAAAUGCCACAGCUCCCUGGAGCAGAUGUGCUACGUGGCAGCCUUCUCCGUGUCCUCAUACUCGACCACCGUCUACCGCACGGGCAAACCAUUCAAUCCUCUGCUGGGAGAGACGUAUGAGCUUGACCGCCAGAGAGAGAGUGGCUACCGCUCCCUCUGUGAGCAGGUGAGUCACCAUCCACCUGCAGCAGCACAUCAUGUGAUUUCUGAUCGAGGAUGGACUCUGAGGCAGGAAAUCACUGUUGCCAGCAAGUUCAGGGGAAAAUAUCUCUCCAUAAUGCCUUUAGGCACAAUUCAUGCAGAGUUCGAAAAAGGCAACCAUCACUACACAUGGAAGAAAGUUACCACCACAGUUCACAACAUCAUUGUUGGAAAAUUGUGGAUUGACCAGUCAGGAGAGAUUGAUGUUGUGAAUCACACCACUGGAGACCGCUGCCAUCUGAAGUUUGCUCCUUACAGCUAUUUUUCCAGAGAUGUAGCCAGAAAGGUGACAGGAGUGGUGAUGGACAAAGACGGCAAGGCUCACUAUGUGCUGUCUGGGACAUGGGAUGAGAAGAUGGAAUUCUCCAGAGUGAUGCAGAGCAGCCGAGGUGGAGAGAACGGAACUGAGGGAAAACAAAAGACUGUUUACCAAACACUGAAAGCCAGAGAAGUGUGGAGGAGGAACUCUCUUCCUGAGAGUGCAGAGACCAUGUACUACUUCACUGCUCUGGCCCUGACCCUAAAUGAGCCUGAGGAGAGUGUGGCCCCCACUGACAGCCGGCGAAGGCCCGACCAGCGUCUGAUGGAGGAUGGUCGCUGGGAUGAGGCCAACACUGAGAAGCAGCGGCUGGAGGAGAAGCAGCGCAGCGUCCGACGAGAAAGGGAGAGGGAGGCCGCCAGCCAGCGCACCUCCAGCCAAUCAGAAGAAGCUGUCGAUGAGGAUUCUUUUACUGAUCCCUCCUUAAAAAGUGCACCUCAUGACAAUUAUCAGGCGCUUUGGUUUGAACGCUGUGAGGACCAGAUCACAGGUGAGCAAGUCCAUCUCUAUAAGGGAGGCUACUGGGAAACUAAGGACCAUGGGACCUGGGAGGGAUGCCCAGACAUAUUUUGACCUCUGUGUUAAAUGGAAAGUGCCCCGAAGAGACUGAGCCAACAAAGCUGCCUGGUGGCCUGCUUGUACCCCCCAUGUGGACAGCUGUUUUCCUCCACUGGCUCUCUGUUCUAAGAGAUCUCCAGAAUUGUCACUGCUGUCUCACCCAGAGGGAGCACGGUUUCCUCUGGCUUCUCCUCGAGUCUUAGCGUCUACCCCUUUGUUGCUGUCACACAUCAGAGACGGCUCGAGUGCAACUAUAUUUGGUGCUGCUUUGACUCGGGCCAGGCUGGACACAAAGGGGAGGAUAUAAAAUGGGCAGUGCUUCCAAAUCUGUAGUAGAUCAAUCUUAGUUUCUCUCUGCUGAAAUCUGUUCAGUCUCUCGGCUCCGGAGUGGAAGAGGUUUCAUGCUGAAAAAACUCCCUGUGAAAUGAAAUAAUGUAGUGUACCUGUUUUCAUCCUCAGCAUUGUGUGCUUUGUGAAUAACUCUAAAAAAAAAAAAGUGGGUAAAACCUGGGUAAUAUAUAGAUUUAUAUACAGUAUAAAUAUGAUUUAAAUAAUUUCAUUCAAAUGUCAACUGGUGGCCUUCAACAUGUUAGCAAAGAUUCCUUGUUUAUCUCUUUGAUUUAGUGUCUUAAAGUAAUGAAGUAAAGGUUCUAGUGUGCUUGUGUGUAUGACUGCGUAUCUGUUCUUCCAUCACUUUAUACCUCUGCUACUUUGCAGGUAAAUAAAAAGGAAAAAUGGUUAGUCCAAAUACCAGUUGACCCUU